AUGAAAGCCACCGCCUUUGCGGCCGCCAUCGCCUUCCUCUGCUUCGCGACUCCGCGCCGGCUCCACGGCCCCUUCCUCUACGACGACGCGGCCGCUAUUCAGCGCAACCCAGUCGUGAAUGGACACGUGCCGCUGCACGCAGCGAUGGCUCUCGACUUCUGGGGCGAGGAGAUGUCCUCGCCUCGCUCGCACAAAUCCUUUCGCCCGCUGGUGACGCUCUCCUUUCGGCUGAGCCGCGUGCUCCAGUGGGAGAGCGACGGGGACUCGACGUUCGGCUUCCACCUCUUCAACGCUGGGCUGCACGCCUUCGUGACAGGAAUGGUGCCGGCCUUCGUCAAUGCUGCCUUUGGCUGGCGACGCGGCGGCAGGCGUGCGGGCGCGGCCGCGGCGCUGCUGUUCGCGCUGCACCCAGUGCACGUCGAGGCGGUGCAAAACGUGGUGAGCCGCGGCGAGCUGAUGAUGGCGGCCUUCUACCUCGCCGGCUUCCUCGGUUACGCGCAUGCAGUCGGCACGCCGCAGGAGACCGCAUCGCAGGCUGCUGCUCGCUCUGCCGUUGGCCUCGCCUCCGCCCUCCUGGGCACUCUCUGCGCGACCCUCUGCAAGGAGACGGGCGUGACGCUGCCGCUGCUGUGCGCCAAACACGGGAGCUGCGGGGUGGCAAAGGAACCUUCUAAGAGCCUUCUCGGAGCCUCGCAGGCGGCUCGACUCUCCGCCCUCGCGGCCGGCAACGCGAGCAUCGCCGUGUGGAGGCUCCGCCUGAACGAGGGCCAGCCGCCCGCCAUCAGCACAAAGCAGAACUGGCCGGGCUUCUACCCGCACCCGCUCUGGCGGCCGCUGUCAGUCGCUUGGGUGUGGCUCGAGUACGCCUCCCUCCUCCUCUUCCCCUCGGAGCUCUGCUGCGACUGGUCCGCCCCCGCCCUCCCCCCAAUCACGUCCCUCGCCGACCCGCGGCUCGCCGUGCUCGCUGCCGCCGCCGCCGCCACGGCCGCCGCCCUCGCCGCCGCCACGCUGCGGCGCACGAGUCGGCGGUGCCUCCUCUCCGCCCUCACCGCGGCGCUCCCCUUCCUCCUCGCCUCCAACCUCCUCUUCCCGGUCGGCACCUGCAAGGCCGAGCGGGUGCUCUACCUCCCUUCCCUCGGAGGCUGCAUGCUCGCUGCCCUCGCCCUGCUGGCCCGCCCUCUGCCCGCCACCCGCCUCUGCCGCCCCGCGCUGCUUGGGUGCGUGUGCGCCGGGCUGGCGGCGGUCUGCUGGUGGUACGCGGACGUGUGGACGGACGGAGUCGCGCUCUGGGCCAACGCGGUUGCGCUGUCGUGGGCAGGACGCGGCGCCGAGGCGGUCCCUGUCCUGCACCGCGCCCUCUCCCUCGCGGAGGAGACCGCGUCCUCGCCCGACCUCAUCGACGGCUCGAGGUCGCAGGACAUGUCUGGGUACGUCCCUCUCGCGAUCGCGCUGAUGAACGAGGGGCAGGCCAAGGGCGGCGCGCUCAUCGCCGACCGCUGCGUCCGCCGGCUCGCAGGCCUGGGAGGCGCCGAGGCGGCCCGGACGCGAGCGCGGUGCCUGGCCACCGCCGCCCUCACGCGCCACAAGGCGGACCCGGAGCGCGCGCGCAAAGAGGCGCUCGAGGCGUUGCGGCUCAGCCCGCACGACGCGGCGACAGCGUCGCUCGCGCGGCAGGCGCUUGAGGCGGUGGGCGUAGCAAUGUAG